AUGACGGUCAUCGCCUUUGACCUCUACGGCACCCUGCUCUCGACCGAAUCCAUCGCCGAAGAACUUGCCAAGAUCGUCGGCGAUGAGCACAGCACCACCCUAGCUGCCCUCUGGCGGCGCUAUCAACUCGAAUACACAUGGCGCAGUAACAGCAUGGCGGGCGACUACCAACCUUUCGAAACCCUCACGCGCGCCUCCCUCUUACACGCCGCCGCCGAGCUCUCCCUCGCACUAACCCCCUCCGAAACCGACCACCUCCUGGAAGCCUACCACGCGCUCCCCGUCUACCCCGACGUCCCCGCCGCCUUCGAAGCCAUCCGCACCUUCCAAACCACCACCACCACCCCAACCACCACCCCAACCCAAACCAAUUCCCCCCAUCCCCACCCCCUCACCACCUACCUCUUCACCAACAGCAGCCGCCACACCCUCACCACCACCCUCCGCACCUCCCCCUCCCUCGCCCGCUACACCACAGCAUUUCAUGACGUGAUCAGCGUGGAGGACGUGCGCGUGUACAAGCCUGCGGGGCGGGCGUACGCGUACCUGCUGGAGCGGGCGGGGCAUCCGGAGGGGGGUGAGGGUGAGGGAGAGGUGUGGCUGGUGAGCUCGAACGCGUUUUGA